AUGGGGGGCCGCGGGGGCUAUGGAGGAGGUAGUGGAGGUUUCAGCGGUCCUCCUCCUGGCCGGAGCGGCGGCGGCGGCGGUUACGGUGGUUACAAUGGGUCAUCAGGGUCUGGCCAGGGGGGACGCUCUUCAGACGACGGCAUGGACAUUAUCUCGCGAGCUGUCAAACCUCCGCGAAAACGCAGGUCUCGAUGGGGAGAUGCGUCAGAAAAGGUCGACCUUGGCGUGGCGACAGCCAUCGGUGCGAAUGUGCCGCAAUCGCAGCUCGACCGGUAUGCGAUCAGUGUGCGCAUUGAGGAGAUUGCCCGAAAGCUUCGGACUGGCGACUUUAUUCCCCCAGAGCGAGAGCGAAGCCCGUCGCCGCCGCCAACGUAUGACGCUCAAGGACGAAGAACGAACACGCGGGAGGUCCGUUAUCGUAACAAGCUCAACGAAGAACGAUUGCAGCUCGUCGAGAAGCAGCUCAAGCUGGACCCAAACUACAGACCGCCGGCGGAAUUUUACCACUUGAAGCGCAACAUGAAACCCACGGAAAAAGUCUACCUUCCCAUCAAGGAGUUUCCCGAGAUCAACUUCUUUGGACUCUUGGUUGGACCCAGAGGCAACAGCUUGAAAAAGAUGGAGCGAGAAAGCGGAGCCAAGAUCAGUAUUCGAGGAAAGGGAAGUGUGAAGGAGGGCAAAGGACGGGCUGGCGGCGACGAGGACGAAGAGGAGAUGCAUUGCGUCGUUGCGGCAGACGACGAGGCAAAGGUGAAAAAGUGCGUCAAGCUCAUCAACCUCGUCAUCGAAACGGCAGCAUCAACGCCCGAGGCGCAAAACGACCACAAGCGGAACCAGCUGCGAGAGCUGGCGGCACUCAACGGAACAUUGCGUGACGACGAGAACCAGAUUUGCCAGAAUUGUGGACAAAAGGGACAUCGCAAGUUUGAAUGCCCAGAGGAGCGCAACUGGACGGCGCACAUUGAAUGGCCGGUCCUCGUCCAGGCCCUUCUGGCACUCCGGGGGCCGGGACUGGAAACGGCCAAUUUGACUCGGAGUACGCCAACCUCAUGGCUGAGCUUGGCGAGGGUGGUGCGGCCGGUGGAGGAGCCCCGGGUGCAGCUGGUGCUGGUGCAGCUGCAGGCCCAGGAGGGCCGGCGGCAGGUCCCGGAGGCCCUGGAGGCCCCGGAGAUUCCGCCGUGGAAGGACCCGUCGAUGUGGAAUCAGCAGGGCUUGGGGCCGAGGGGUCCUCGGAUGGGCGGCCCGCAGGGUCCGCCGGGCCAGCAGGGGUGGCCUCAGCAGGGGGGCUACCAGCAACAGCAGCCGGGCUUCGGAGCUGCACAAGGCUACGGUGGUCAACAAGGUGCUGGACAAUGGGGCCAAGACGCGCAGCAGUACGGUGCUGCAGGCUACGACCAACAGCAGCAACAACCAGACUAUCGGCAGGCUUGGGAAGAGUACUACAAGCAGCAAGGUUACGAACCGGCCGCUGCUGCCGCUGCCGCCCUCGCUGCUGCCUCGGGCCAAGCCGACGCGUCACAGCAGCCGCAAGCACAAGCGCAGGGCGGUCAGGACUACAGCAAGGAGUGGGAGGAGUACUACCGGCAGCAGGCCGCUGCAGCUCAGCAGAAUGGUGGUGCGACGGGCGCAUAG